AUGUUAAAAUCUGCGACUCGUGGUUGUUUUCUGCCAAAAACUGUUGGAUCCGAUCUCGUAUUGACACUGAGAAAAAUGUCUUACACAUCGGCCCGUGUUAAAGCAAUGGCUCUUUUUGUUAAACACGAAGCAAAGUUUGAAGGAAAACACAAAGGGAAUCCAUUCCAUAAAAUCGACAAUCCACAGGUGCGAUCGAUUGCCCAUGCAUAAAUAAUUAUUCGUGAUUAUUUAAGUUAAUGUGGGAUGCAUGAUCAUGAGGUUUAAGUUAAAGCUGAUGUCAGGGCAUUUGAAAAGAAAAAUGUAUGGGGAAACUAUAGACUACAGGGCCACCCAGGGCCACCCGUGUCGGGAAGGUGAAGAACCUAAAGGGGUGGUGCUUAAGGUACAGUACUAUACAAGCAAGAGUAUAAUAUUGUGAAAGGUUUGAUUCCAGAAGCCAUUUCAUAAGUAGGUUGAGUAUGAUCAUCCGGAUGAACUCACUUACUACCCCACAGGUCAGUCACUGUCAACAACAACAGUCCUAUUUGGGACUACGUUCACCCGAAUGAUCAUACUCAACCUACUUAUCAGUUCUAUAAUGUCCUAAACUUUACAACAUACAUUUAGAGGCUGCCAUUGGAGUUCUACUCUUUUGAUAAUGACUCCAAAUCUAACUUCAUCUCUAGUGAAAACCAGCCUUUAAUUGCUUCUAUAAAUUUCGAUAAAGACUACCACCCCUUCUAGGGAGGUAAGAAUAUCUCGUUGUCCCUUUACAUGUACAUUUUGCAGCAGAACAGUACACUACAACCCCCUCCUCUCAGUGCUGUCAUUGAAUGGCCUUCCCUCUGCUACAAUUAACAUGGCACCCAGCUACUGUAAAUCCUCUGUUAAGCCCCCCCUCUCAAAUAAGCCUCCCCCUCUCUGAUAAGCGCCCCCUUUUCAGAGGAGGAAAGUUAAUAAAUCCCCCCUCUCCAUUAAGCCCCCCCUCCCCCUCCCCUAAUCCUGAUCAGUUAUGGUUUAUUCAUAAAAAUUACCAAAGAACAUGAGGCCGAAAGCACAUUUUUGAAGAAUAAGAAUUUUGUUUUUGCUACUUUUAGGCUCCGACAGGUGAAUUAAAUACUUUUGACAGAGACUUUAAUUGUACAACACAUAAAUCUACUCUGUCUCAUACCACGGUAUUUUUGCCACAGAUGAUGCGUUUUGCUAAAUUAAAUAAGCCCCUCCUCCCUUUUAAGCUUCCCCUCAAAAGUGCUUGAAAAAAAUAAGCCCCCCGGGGGGCUUAAUAGAGGAUUUACGGUACUUUCCAGGGAAAAUAAAUUGUAGAAGAAAAAUAGAACGAAAAGAAAUCCAUAAUUAUUUGAUUCCCUGCCCAUCUUAGUGACAGCCCUGCAAUGUCCCUGAUUUUACAGGUUUAGUUCUUAUCUGGUAGGUAACAAUUGGAACUGUUUCCCUCAGGGCUGUCAUUAAGUUUUGAAGUAGUUGUAGCAAAUGAAGAUUCACCUGUACCAUCUCACAAAAGUUUAUUGUGUCACCUUAUAAAGCUUUCCUCUUUGAUGACCCCCAACAUCAAGUAAGCUCAGGCCUAACAGGUGCUAUGGGUUAUGGCACUGUCUUAAUGAGAGCUCUGAUUCAAUAUAUGUAUAGGUAUUAUGUUUAAUUAGCUCAGGUUUUAUCGCCAUUAUAUAUAUUAUCAAGUUUCCUUUAUUAUUUAUGUACAUUGUCUUUAUUAGGGCGUCAUCAACAUGGGAACAAGUGAAAAUAAGUUAUUAUUUGACUUGCUUAAAAAGAAGGUAAUUAUGUUAGUAUCAUCUUUUGCAAAGCAAUUUGGGGAAAAAAAGGAGCGUCCUUAUUUAGAUUUAAUUAGAAUAUGAUAUAAUUAUACAUGUAUGUAUUUGUUGAGUUGUAUCUGUCUCUGCCAUCUCAUUAGUUUGAGAGAAACAAAGUGAUGUAGUAUUGUAAAUAUAUUACGUGUAUAUGUCUGAUCAUUUUAAAAUUAAUUUUAUUUUUAUAGUUUGAGGAAAAAGAAUCUCAUACCUUACUUCAAGAGCACACAGAAUAUUUCUGUGCUGAGGGGCUGAUGAGGUAUUCUGUCAUUUUUACUGUUACAAAUGUGCACAGUUCUUUAUAUGCAAGUUAGACUUAAGUAACUGCUUUUCAUUUAGGAGACAGCGUGGCUGAGGGGUCAGUACAUCAGACUUGCAAUGUUGUGGUCCGGGGUUUGUCGAGUCCUGCUCUGGCCAGGCCACUAACUGGAUUUGUUCUUGGUUGUUACGAGUUGAAAUACUCAGCUAUGCCUGUAAAUUGCCGGCUGGUUGCCUCCUGCCAGUUGGGGUUUUUAGUCCUGUGAUGUUGUUUGUGGAUUAUUUGUUUCAGAUAUUAUUAUCUUUUUUUAUUAUUUCAUUCAAAACAUUUCUCCAUUUCUGUCUGGCUCAAGUUUCCUGCCUAAUUCUUUAUAACCAGCUACCGCUGACCAAAUCUAGGAGACAAUUACUGAUAUCAGUAUAAUUGAUGUCAGUUGUACAGAUAUCAACAGAUUAAGGACAGCAGAAGGUUGGUAGCUCAGCUGUUUUAGCCAAGCGUUGAUCACCGGAUUUGGCUUUUAUAUAACAUGAAGAAUUAUAUAGAUCUCAAGGGUUGCUAUCCCUGGAUAAUUCUUUAUAUUAUAGCCCCAUCCAAUAAUAAAUGCUAAUAAAUUAUUAGAGCAACAGCUAGAGCAAUUACUACUGUAAUUUUCUAAUACUGGUGGUGACUGCUUUGUCCAUACUGUCAUGCCACUGUUGCCAUUGCCAUAACUAUACUGUACCAGCACCACCACCACCUUCGCACUACUGCUGUUGCCAACAGUCUAUUUGAUCCAAUUAAUUUUUAUGUAAACAUUAUUAGAACUAGCUUUCACAGUCACACAGUCAUAGUUACUGUGCCAAUGUUGCCAAUAUUAAUAGAACCACACAUCAUCAUCAUCAUCAUCAUCAUCACUAUUUUUGUUCUUUAUUUUAGUUUUAGACAAACUAUUGCUGAUUUCCUGAAUCAUUAUAUGAAGCCAGCAGAGCCCAUAUCUUCAGAGGAAGUAAGUAUUUCAUCAAGACAAAAGUUCUCCCUAUUAUGUUACAGAUACAUGUAUGAAUAUUAAAUUUUUUCGGUCCUGAUCAAAAGAAUGAACAGUAACCACAACUACUGCAAUUUCCUUUUGGUUCAGGGACUGACUUUGUUUUGGUUUAUGUACAGCUCAUAGUAUCUAAUGGAGCAACACCAUUAGUGGAUGCAAUUGCGUAUACAUUAGCAGAUGAAGGAGGUAUGUACUUACAUGUAAUAUAUAGCAUGCCCAGGUAUAUAGGGGUUGCAGUUGUUAUCAUGCAUGGUCAUCAGGGCUCAGUAGUAGUAGCCAAAAGCUCUAUUUUUUUUUUCUCUAAAGGAUUGCCUAGAUACACAUGUGUAAUAAUAUAUUGUAAGUCAUGUCCUAGUCUGAUGAGUAACUUUAAUAUGAGUGUGUUUGCCUUUUUGAAGAGUGCCAAAAUUAAGCAAGAGAAGAACUAUAUCCAGCACAAUUAUCUGAGUUAUCAAUGUACUGUAGUAACAAAAAGUUACUUUUACUAAAUAAUUAUACGAGGGAAACUGUAAAAAGUACUUAAUCAGAUCAAACUAGCAAGAGGAUCUACUGAGGUUCUGUUAUUUUCUGCAUCGCACAAUCAUGGACUAGACACAACCUAUUGAUUACAGCCACUUAACUCUACAUUUACAGUCAUCAGUGGGAAUUUUAUUCUUUGUUUUGGAAGCCAUGUAGAGUUACUUUUUACUCAUUUCUUAAUUUUUUUCACUAUACUCAUUUAUUAUCUCCAUUAUAGAGGGUAUGUUAAUUCCUGCGCCAUAUUAUGGGUCAUUUUUAUUGGACCUACAGUCGCGUUCAAGAGUGAUACCUUUUCCAGUUGAACUUUCCAGCAAGGUGGGAAAGCUGUUUUUAAACUGUAUACUGGGGCAAGAAAGGAUCUAUUUAAAAUAAUUGACACCAUUCUUUUAGAAGCUAGCAUAAGUUAUAAUUAUGUCAUUCCCUCUAAGAGUAAUUAUAAUAUUAUGAUACUACAUUCAGCUCAUUCUAAAGGUGGGCUUGUAUGUCCUGAAGUUGGGUUUGUCCCUAAUAUAAUUUAUAUUAAGCUGAGAGGGUGAAUGUCAUGUACAUGUGGAUCCUAUAGACCUUGCCAACCUUUGUGUUACUUCAGAAGUUUUGCUACCAUCAAAUUGACUUUUAAUAAAGGUUGCUGUCAUUGUCAUUGUCAGCCGUGAUAAAAGGCUGUUAGUGUGGUUCAGUAAGGAAAAUGAACAUAUCACAUGUCUUGAAAUAAGUCUAUGCAUUACUAGAUCUGAAGAAGUUCUCAGGUCUCAUAAACUUUUGAUGUGUCCUCGAAAUUUAAAAAAUUUGAUGUUAGUUUUGUCUGGGUUUUGUAGGUUUUCAUUAGUCUUGUAUUUUCAAACUUUUUGCCUUCGAAAUUUCAGACUUUUUAAAAAAGUUGCGGCUUCCCUGCUAGCAGAGGUCACUCAUGACUCUGCUAGCAGGGAAGGUUGCAGCAUUUCUGAGUGAAUCUACGACUUUGCCAUUCAUUGCUUUCAAUAAAAUGUAACCUGUGAUAAGGUUUCUUUUUUGGGGGAUAGAGUUGCCUCCAAAACAAAAAGGGAAGCAGGACUGCCAGAUCGCAGGUUAUGUAAAAUGCUGUUUUGAAGAUUCCUAGAUUUUUCGUAUUUGAGAGAUUGUUCAUGAAAUUUAGGUUCUGAUACUUUUAUCAUGAUUCUUAAGUCAAAUCUAAACCUUAAGGCCUGUUCAUUUGUGAAAAUAAAGUGCCCACAAAUAUGAGUUAGUAACAGUAAUGUACAACAAGGCAAUUAAGUCAGAAAAGAGUAUAAGAGUGUCUGAGUGUCUCACAGAGCUUUUGCUGAAGCAAUCAUCUGUCGUCUUUCAGAUUGGUCCAGGCGAAAGUCAGCCAUUUGAACUUACUGUUAAAAGACUGGAAUCAGCAUUACAGAAAGCACAGGAGCAGGUAUUUUCCUUGGGUCAAAUCAACUGUGGAUAAUUGAGAAAUCAGUUUUUUAAUAGCGUAUUUAGAGUAUUAACACUUUAGAAACGAGAACAGAAUCGGAGCUCAAAUGUGAGCUGCAGUUGGUUCUGGGAUUGUUACUGGGGACGUGCUGGUCAGCUAUUGGCCAAUUUUUUUUUCCCUGUCCCUAGGAGGGGGGGGGGGGGGGUACAAUCGGGGGUCAAAUGGGGGGGUGCGUUUGUUCUGGGGUUUUUACUGGGGGCGUGGCUGGUAGCUUUUGGGCCAUUUUUUUUUCCCCUUCCCGAGGGGGGGGGGGGGGGGGUAACCCUGGUGCUAGGGUUACGCCAGCAAGAGAGAUACCAUAGCACUCGCACAUUUCUUCUUUCUUUAUGCAACAUGUUUAAAAGGGAGAUAAGGUUUAGGGUUACCCCAGCAAGAGGGUUACCCUAGAAUCAGCACAUUUCUUCUUUAAAAGGGAGAUAAGGUUUAGGGUUACCCCAGCAAGAGGGUUACCCUAGAAUCAGCACAUUUCUUCUUUAUUUUUAUGCAAUGUGGUUACAAGGCAGAUAGGGUUACCCUGGAGCUAGGGUAACCCUACCAAGUGCUAUGGUUACCUAUCUGCCUUGUAAACACUCUGCUAAUGAGAACUCGCCUACCUGGGACAACUUUCCUUUGUCAUGCAUGACCAUUAAUCUUGACAAUUUGAAUGGAGUUAUCCAAUUUCUGAGUGAAAUUAUGGUAUAAACAUCUGAACAAUAUACUGUAUUUUCUGUAUACGAUGAUAAUAUUUUUGUUUUUUUUUUGUGAAUUUAACUUGUGUUCCAUAGAGAACUUAAAGUUUUCUUUCAAAUCUUGAACAUCACAAAGAAUGUUUAUUUUAGUCUUAUGUGGUCACACAUGACGAAACACAUCAGUAAAGCUGGUAAAUUUGACUGGGUGAAAGGGUAACCCUAUGUGCACCUGUGAAAUUUUGCUUGUAAACCUGGCCUAUCUCAAACCUGCUUGCUAGGGUAACCCUAGAUCAAGGGUAACCCUCUCUCCUUGUAAACGGGCCUUAAAGUUAUUGUUAAUUUGGUUUUUAUUUUACAGGGUGUAAAAAUCCGGGGGGUUUUGUUGUGUAACCCCAACAACCCCCUUGGAGUUAUCUAUUCUGAAGAAUUUUUGCAAGGCUGUCUACAGUUUGCUGCAAGGUGAGCAGGCAUUUAUGAUUUCUUAAUUAAAUUUUUAGAUGAAGACUGGUUAUCAUGAUGAUUUUUUUUGUGCCUGUUUUUUUUUUCUAGCACUCCUCUGUAGUAAUUAAUAAAUUUGUUGCAAUUUAAUGGGUCAUCCUUACGUCAGUAUUGGAAUGAAGGGAAAACUUUUAAAAUGCUGGCAUUUCUUGGUACCAAACUUGUAGUCAGGAGACGAAGAGAGAACUAAUUGCUUUGUCCACAGUGGUGACAGUAGAGAGUGAACUGGUGUGUGGAUGGUUAUGGUUCAAAGCAAGUGGUCCCUGUUUAUAUGCAUGUUCUCAAAAUCUUUGCUGUGUGUUUCUCUAACUGAAAGACACUGGUUGCAUUUGCAGGCACUCUUUGCAUGUUAUCAUGGAUGAAAUUUACAUGCUGUCACUUUUCAAGGAAGGCUGCUCUAUGACGAAUGUGUUAAGUUUAAAAAAGUGAGUGAGUCACUGUCUUGAUUCAUUGACACCUGUAUUAAUAAGCUACCUUAAGGGAAUGGCAACCUAAGCAGUUCUAAGCGCUGGAUAAAUUAAUAGUUUUUCAAAAAUAGAUCAAGAGAAGACUACAAGGAGAAGUUAUACUGAAGUCACGUGAUGACUUAACCGUUUUAGGGUUUUAUACCUUUCCUUGUGACAAAAGGAAAGAAACAAGCCUCCAUAAGAGCGAGGUCGUACACACAUGUAGUUUAUCCUGCAGAACAGGCACUAUUUUUUCAUGUUUUUCAGGCGAGCACGAAGCGGGUGUAGUACGCGAGACACGCGUGCGUUCCCCAUCACGCCUGUCUCGCGCUCCACGCACGCUCUGCGCUUGCCUUUGCUCGCCUGAAAAACGCGAAAAAGUAGCGGGUGUUCUGUAGGCUAAUGAACGUCACGAACCGAUAGAGCUCCUAAAAGUAAAGUGACCUUUUAGUAGAGGUGAAAACAAACAAUAAUUAAACUCGACGAGAACACUGAGAGCUACGUGUAGAAAUAGGUGACCAACACUGCUUGAUAGAGACCUGUCAGUUUUACAUUUAUUAAGGGGACUGUACGGCAUGUUCGGGUGAUAUGUAAGAAAAUUGCAACGGACAUCUUCUUUGGACGAGGAAUAUUGGUGCACCUUUUUUUCAGCCUUGGAAUAAAGUGUCACCGUUGUGAGCGAAACCUGUCUAGCUGGAACGAUACAUGAAUGCCUUGUCUUUCGUUAAACGUGAUUUUGUUCAAAUAGACUUCUUUAAUUGUUUACAGCAUUUUUUCUUCUGCCGCUGCCUUUUAUUUUUUUACCGUAAAUUAUUUGCCAGUGGAUAUGAACGGACUUUUCCUUUUGCUUUGUUUUCAGUAUCCCAGACAAGGAAAGGCUUCAUGUGCUUUGGGGAUUCAGCAAGGUAUUUAUAUCCACGUCCAGUUUCAGCUCCUCAUCCCCUGCGAAUUAGCGGUAACUAAUGGUGUUUUCUUUUCUCGCAUGUUCUUGAAACAUGUUUGUAGGAUUUUGGUGUGUCCGGUUUUCGUUGCGGAAUUUUUCACACAAGAAACAAAGAAGUUUAUCGCGCUAUGGCCCAGGGUUACACGCGCUUCCAUGAUUUAGCUACUCCAACUCAGGUAUGUAACACAAUUUGUGAAGCUUAAUGAUUUUAAAGUACUGCAGGGCUGGGUUGUUCAAAGCGGGAUUAAGAUAACCCAGAGUUUGUGUGAAAUUUGAAUUCAGAUAUAAAAGCUUAAAAAACAAAUUCAGUUAAAUUCCUCUGGUCUGCAAGUUGGUGAUUGGUUGCUCUAAAACGAACAGGGAAAAUUAUCCGAGAAAAUGCUUUUAAACAGAAAAAAAAAACCCGGAUUAAAAUUUAACCCUGGGUUAGCGCUAAUCAGCCUUCGAACAACUGGGCCACGAUGUUUUAAGCCAUUACAUUAAUACUAAGUUUUUAUAAUUAACGGGAAAAAUACGGUUAAAAAUAACUGUUGAAUAAUGCGAAGGAUUAAUGAAGUCGGCUUUCUAACUUGUUGAGUUGCUCACCCUAAUUCCUCAAGAUUCAGCUUGACACUUCACAGCACAUUCCUACCCUCAAAAAGCAGAGAAGGAUAAUAGUUCAUGCUUUAAGACAUGGUCCUGUUGAAGUGAUAGUAGUUUCGCUUUAAGGAAGACCACCUCAUGUACUGUACAUGUAAAUUGGAAGAAAAACGUCAUGUAGUGCCAAGCUAGUGAAGAGCAACGCCAAAACGUUUGCCAUUGCAAUGGAAAACUGUAUUGCUUGGUGCGGUGAUAUUUCUCGUAUUUUACCUUCCCAAAAGACGGUUUUUCUUGAGACAAAACUGUCUAACAUUAUACAAUUCUAAUUCUCAGUGUUUGUUUUCGCAAAGGUAAGAAGUGCAAUAUUUCUUUCCUUGAGAGUAGAAUGGAACUGAAGAAUCAUUUUCUUUACUGUACCAUUAGAAAAACGCUUUGUUCUACUUACCUUAAAGCAGCCACGACGAUUAACGAAGAGGCAGCGACAUUGAGGACGUCGGAAAAUUAGCGUAGACAACUACCAACAAUUUUCUGCACGUGCAAUGAAAAGUUGAUGAAAACUCAAAAUUCUUGCACGUGCAAAGUUUUGCACGUGCUCUGAAUUCUUGUAAGUUUCUUUACUAUUCAUCGCUGGGCCAGUGCCGCCACAAACAUUUUCAUUGGUGAGGCAACCAGGGGUCAAUUUAAUAAAACUUUUACAAGUGUAAUCUGCAAGUGUAGCUAUUAGGUGCGGUUACACGGGACACUUUUACCGUAGUAAAUUGGUGAAGUGCGUGUGACCAGACUUUCUCGACAUAAGUUUACCAUGGGAAGUAUCCAUGGAUACGUCAAAAAGAACAAAGAAACCGCCCAUGACAUUUAACGUGGUAAAUAGCUGACGUGUUUCGAUACCCAAGGCACAAGAACCAAUCAGUAUUCCUCAUUAGACACCAAAUUAGCAUGAAACUGCAAUAAAAAUGGAUUAUUUUAGCGGGUUUCUUGCGCGCUGUUUCAGUAAAGAACGAUGUUGACAUGGCAGAUUUUUACGUUAAGAUGAAAGUAAGAAGGAAUUUUGAGCCUUCAGCCCCACGCUCGACAUGUUAGCAGACAAUGGAGUUUAUUAAUUCAUUUUACUGACCUUACCAAUUCCACUCUUUUUACGCAGGUUAUCCUGAGAAACCUUAUAAAGGAUCGAGGUUAGUUUUAUUCUCCUUAGCCGAUUCUUGUCCGAUUUUGUCUGAUUUUAUUUUUGCUCAAUUUCUUGUCCGAUUUUUCGUCCGAUUUUUUGUCCCAUUUCUUGUCCGAUUUUUUUCCGAGUUUUCGUCAAAUUUUUUGUCCAGUUGUUUGUCCGACUGUCGGAUGUCUUUUGUCUGAUCUCCGAUGUCUGAUACCUAAUGUCCGAUUUUCGAUGUCAGAUGUCCGAUGUCUGAUGUCUGAUUUUCGAUGUCUGAUGUUCGAUGUCCGAUGUCUGAUGUCUGAUCUGCGAUGUCUGAUGUCUGGUGUCUGAUGUCGAAUGUCCGAUUUUCGAUGUCUGAUGCCCGAUGUCCGAUUUCCGAUGUCUGAUGUCUGAUGUGGAAUGUUCGAUUUUCGAUGUCUGAUGUCCGAUGUCCGAUUUUUUAUGUCCCAUUUCUUUUCCGAUUUUUCGUCGAAAAUCGUCAAAAAUACUCCCCUGCGCGUCGUAUGUUGAACUCUCUUCUACUGCGUCUAAUGCUUGAUAUAUUACAUGAGAACAAACAAGAAAACAGACAUGAUAUGGGACAAGAAAUCAGACAAAAAAUCGGACAAGAAAUCGGACAAAAAAAAUCGGAAGAGAAAUCGGACAAAAAAUGGGGCAAAAAAUCUUACAAGAUAUCGGACAACAAAAAUAGGACGAAAAAAUCGGUCGAAAAAGCGGACAAAAAAUCAGACAAGAAAUCGGACAAGAAAUUGGACAAAAAAAAUCGAUCAAUAACUUGAAUGUCGUGUUAAUUUGUGUGAAUGUGAAUUUGAACAGUUUGGAACCUUUUAAACUUUUUUUCUUAAUCCACUAAGACAAGGUCGUUCACGAACUGUUAACCGGGGAAAGAAGAGCUUUCUGGGGACAAGUUGCCAGCCUUUGCUCGUUACUCCACUGGCCACUCUUUUAUCUACUUUUUAUUUGUGGUUAUACAAAGCAUUUUCCCCGGGAUGCGUCCUUUUCUGGCGGAAAAAAAAGACACCUGUGUGACCGGUUCUUCCGGUGGUGAAUUUGCCGUGAAGCGUAACCAUAGAUACGUCAGGAAUUUCAAAGAAGGUGACCACGACAACGACCGAGAUGUUUGUCUCACAAUAAAAAACAAACAAACAGUGGGGUGCCUAUGAAAUUCCCGCGUAAAACACCCACUGCAUGCGGCAAUACCGCUGGAAAAAAAAAGAACUUGAUUUGACCGCUUUUACCACAGCAUACAUACCGCGAGAGAAAUAUCAUGGGAAAAAGCUUUUCCCACGGUGUGUGUGACUGAGACUUAAAUUUUUUAAGUCCAUAUAUUGCCCUUCAGUACUUCUUGCAACAGGGUAGCUUAUAGAGUUGUAGAUCAAAUAGCUUAGUCAGUUGGGAAGUGACAGCAACUCUAAAUCUUUAUAAUGUCUCGUUUGGCAGAUUGGUUAGAUAAGACUUUUAUACCAACAAACCAAGAGCGACUACGGAAAGCAUAUAACAUCACUUGUAAUGCUCUUCGUGAGGUUAACAUUCCAUUCAUCCAGGGAGAAGGCGGCCUUUUUGUUUGGGUGGAUUUUAGAGAGGUAAGAUGCAUUCUGUAUGCCAUUCAGUCUUCCCUUUGGUGGGGUGUGUGUAAGUGUAGGGGAGGGAGGGGGUUGGGUGGGGUGGGGGUACGGUUGAGGAAGGAGCUCAUGAACGCUCUUGUGUGUUGAUUACAGCAUUUUGAAAAGCCACAAUUUCGAUGAUGAUGAAUCUGCAAAUAAUCACGCAAAAAACAUGGAACGUGGCUGCAGCUCGGCCGGUAAACAGAUCAAGUAAUCAACCGCUUUGCUUGACCUCUAUUGAGGCUCCAGGAUUGAUUUAUGGAGUAGUGGCUUGUUAUUACCUAUCACUCUUAGAGUCAUUUGCAUAUAGUCAUAUACUUUGUUACGCAUGCAAGUCUUAAAUCUUGUUUAUUAUUUGACUGGUUCCGCGAGCGGUCAAAAUGAAGCCAUCCCUGUGUUCUGAUUGGCUACCCAGGGGGAAAGGUGGGCCCAUCUUUCCCGAUCGGGAUUUCCCGCUCUCGUCCCACGUGAAAACGUUUUCUUGGGCAUAUAAUAAAUCUUUUAUUGACCAAGAUUGUUCGGUUGAGAUAGCUGGAUAUUGGACUCGUAUUUAAUGUGUGUGUUUUCAUCGACCUCGAAUUCGCCUCUGUUCAUAAAAAAGAAAAAAAUCAAUUUAGGUCUCUGGGGAAACUGCCCACCUACCCCUCCCCUACGUCAACAUUUUGCCCUAAAUGAGAAGUAAGUGUUAAUGUUGGCUUAAGGGAGGGGUAGGUGGACAGUGAAUUGAUCCAAAAAAAACUUGGUCAAUUUCUAGCCAUCGAUUGCUCUAAUCCAGGGUCUGAUUCAUCCUAAUAACCAAACCACCUGACAUUUCUAGUAAAUGGCGAUGUUUGUGACACCAUGCUAAUGUUGACCGUGGAGUUAAUGUUUGUGGAUUAAAUUUUUGCUGUAGUUCAUAUUUGCUGGAACUUUUUUUUUCCGGACUGCGGAAAAAAACCCAAAACACAAUAACAAUAAUCGCAUAAAUUGGAACCCGCAAAAAUAAUGUGCCACACGUUUUGCUUACAGCGAUUUCACACAAAGUGUUCGGAAAGGAAGAAAAAUAUACGAUAUUAUUAAGAGAUUUACACUGGAAUUCGAUAGUCACCCUGCUCGUAUUAUAUUAACCCGCACGUUUAGACAGUCAGUAUAACUGCAGUACGGAGUUAGCAAGCUAAAGUAUCGUGGGUUUUUCUCUUAUUAUUAGCUUGUCCCAACGUCGACAUUUGAAGAAGAGUAUCAGCUGUUUGAGCGAAUGGUAGCUAAUGGCGUGUCUAUUUAUCCUGGAGCCUACUUUCUUUGUCCUGAACCCGGAUGGUUUAGAAUCAUUUUCGCCAUGGACACAGAAGUUCUUCAACUCGGUGAGUUACAAUUGUGUUCGAAUCGUGGAGCAAAAGAAGGUGGGGCCGCGGAAGGGAAGGGGGGGGAGGAGGUAUUAAAGGGUUUACGGUCAUCUCGCGAUCAACUAAAUCGCCACCAAGAAGUCGAUUCGCCACCAAGGAAUAACUCUGAAAUAACUGAAACAGUUUAAUACCUAGAUUACUUACCUAAGAUUCUGGUCAAGCGUAUCCGAAUUCAAAGUCGAUCCAAAUACAAAUCUGUCGAUCCUAUAUUGACGAUCCUUGCGUCGAACGUCUUCUGCUGUUGAAAUAUAUAAUGCAAAUACUAAUAAUACAUGUUUAGGUUCUGUGAAUGUAAACUUUGACAUUCGAUCGUGAGGGAUUAAAAAACUGGCAGAAACGUUUCACAACCACUAGACAUGUCUUUGAAAUAUGAACAUAAAGUAACGGUUACGAAAUUUCCGUUAAUGAAGGUUCAAACCAAUGCUAAGCUAAGUUCUAUUCUUGGUGGCGAGGUGACCAGAUACCUAUUGAAGAAGUGUAAGGAGGAGAAUACACAGAGGUGCUGUCGAUUGAAAUGUUCUUAAAACAUAGCCAGUCUUAACGUCUUAUUGAUGCUGAAAGUUUCGAUGACUGUCAGCCAUCUUUAUCAAAACUUGAAAAACAUUAAAAGUGUCAGAAGCCUUAAAUAGGCUUCUGAAGGUGUUAAUUAUUGCGAUAAACGCGCAAAGUCACUCUGUAGACGCCCCCUACCCCCCGUGGUUUGGGGGUGGAGAUCACUUGUGUCCAUAUGGGAGAAAGCUGAUAGGCUCCCUCGUCCCUGGCGAGAAGACGUUAAGACUGGCUGUGGUUUAAGAACAUUUCAGUCGACUGUUUAACUUCACUAGCCUGAUGAAUUUCUUCAAGAACACAGAGGUGCUAUUCGGAAGUAUCGAAGGUAUCUAAAAACUUGAAUUGUCAAUUCUUUCUCGUCAGAAGUCUUCAAAACAGUCACGAACGAGUGAACAAUUAUGGGAAACGACUACUGCACAGUUAUUUUAUGCUCCCCUUGAUUUUACCUGCUCGCUAUAUUUUUUGAUCCGACGUUGAGUGAGUCACUGAUCAAAGACCGUAUUUGCAGUGAUUCACUGUACCUUCAACGAUAAAGAAAAAGUACUUUGUUCAGUCUUGAUUUGUAGCGCAAGGCCCUUUUAUCCCAGCCUUUCGUUGAGAUUUUUAAAAGAGGUGACGUCAAAGGGAGCCCACAUAAAUUGUCUGACCGUUCGAAUGUGUGAAGUUAGAGGAAAAGUUCUUUUUUUUAGUAUUAAACUGCGAUGAAUAUUGACAUGUAACAUCAAUUCACCCUUUUUUUCGCCUAAAAUGUAUUGUACUGUCAUUCUGUAGCUGAGAGCGGCUACUUUUGGCAUUUGAAACGUUCUGCGUUGGACGUUUACAUGAGCGUAUACUAAACGCUUAGGUAAACGUUCGAAGCCGUUCGGAAAGCUUACAUGCGCCAUUUUCAUCUAGAAGAGUAACGGUCGGCCUCCUCUGCAUACUCUUGUUUUAGGGCUCUCAAGAAUACAGAAAACUGUCAAGAACGUCCGAACUGAGUUAGGUGCAAAACAGCCGGAUGGGAGAGUAAAAGCCCCGCCCAGUCACAGCCAAGAUAAUGUUACUUCUUCAGAUCAGACACUUGAGGACUUAAUUCACACGUUGAACCGGCAGAUAAAGGACAGUGAUUGGUUAAAAGAGAACACUGCAGAGAAAUGGGUUUCAGAAAACCCAGAACUAGCUAAAGCAUUUUUACACCAGGACGGCGAUAAAUAGCCGCAUUUCUAAAUUAUAACACUCGAAUAAUGUUCAGUGGCUAGCGAAGCAACAGAGUCUGG